AUGGAAGACGCUCGUCCACUCCCGCAGUUUCGCUGUGAUGAAAUUGAUAAACAAAAGUUGUUCAAAGCAUGGAAAUCGUGGAAAGGUGCCUUAGAGUGUUAUUUUGACGCGUAUGGAAUUGACGACCAAGAACAGAAAAGAGCAAAACUAUUGCAUUUGGGCGGCCCGCAACUGCAACGUGUGUUCCAAAACCUACCGGACAGAGAAAGCUUCCCGCUAGUGUCUCUCGAAAAACGAUGGUACGAUGUAGCGAUCAACGCCCUGGAUGCAUUCUUUCAACCAUAUCGUCAAGAUUGUCUCGAACGGUACAGGUUGCGCCAGAUAAAGCAAAAGGAAGGAGAACGUUUCGUUGAUUUUAUUCUUCGGUUGCGGCAGCAGCUGUCAGACUGCGGAUUUGAUAAAUACCCAGAGGAUGUAAAGGAUGUAUUGACGGAGAUUUUCAUGAUUGACACAGUUAUCGAAGGAUGUUAUUCGCAGGAACUUCGGCGUAGAAUAUUGCAGCAGGAUAAGUCGUUGGCUGAGAUCGAGUCUUUAGGUGUUGCAUUGGAAGGGGUUGAUCAACAAGUUAAAGAUUUUGGAGGAAGAAUUAAGUCGGCUGAAAUGGAUCAGCAAACAUUCAGAAUCGACAGUGACCAGGUUUCGUUUCGUAAGAAGAAUUAUAAUCAACCGACAGGAUUUAAACGUAAAUUUAUCGCAAGAGACGAGGUUAAAUGUUUCAAUUGUGCUCGACGAGAUCAUAUCUCUACUUCUGAAACAUGCCCAGCAAGAGGGAAAGUAUGCCACGCUUGCAAGAACGUGGGUCAUUUUGAAUCAUGUUGUCGAUCGCGAAAGGGGUAUAGAGCCUCCAUGACAACAAAGAAAGUACGCACAGUGGCAGAAUCAGUUCCCAUCUCGGAAAACGCUUCAGAUGAAAUAUCUAUGAAAACUUAUUAUACGUUCCACACCGGUAACGAAACCAAUAUGAUUCGGUGCGUGGUCGGUGGUGUUAAGUUGGAUUUGCUGGUGGACUCUGGUUCAGAUGUCAAUUUGAUCCCUGACAACGUGUGGGGAUAUCUAAAGCACGGAAAAGUUGUUGUGCAGCAGUGCGUAAAGGGAAGCAAAAGGAUUUUGAAAGGUUAUGCAAACGACAAUCCUUUGACGACUCUGGGAGUUUUUACGACGAAUGUGGAAGUAGGACACAAAAUCGUUCGUGCUGAAUUCUACGUUGUUGCUGGUGGUCAGCGAAGCAUUUUGGGUGACAAAACCUCUAAAGAAUUGGGAAUACUACGCGUUGGAUUACAAAUCAAUCAGGUUGCAUCACCAGUUUUACCAUUUCCGAAGAUCAAGGACGUCCAAGUGCAAAUCCAUACCGAUCCGGAAAUCAAACCAGUUUUCCAACCGGUCAGGCGUGUUCCGAUUCCGCUCGAAGCGGCGGUAGACAAAAAAUUAGAAAGACUUCUAGCAACGGAUAUAAUCGAGGUAAAACGUGGUCCUGCUUCCUGGGUUUCCCCAUUGGUUGUGGUAGGGAAGAAAAAUGGAGAACCAAUAAUUUGUCUGGAUCUUCGGCGUGUGAAUCAAGCUGUUCUACGCGAACGUCAUCCUAUGCCUAUCGUAUCUGGCACGGUUGGGAAAAGGCUCGAUCUGGAGCAAGCUUGA